AUGAUCGUUUUACAACCAUCUCAUAACGAUAUUCAUACAAGGGGUCUCGAUUUAGCUAGCACUUCUAUUGGAAACUUUUCUACAAUUCCUCCCCAACAUAUUCCUUCUUCAAUGUAUCAAACUGCUACUCAGUAUCAACAACAGUCAUUCGUUUACCCAAACAUAACCUACACUUCCACUUCUCAUCACUCAAGAUCACCUUCUACUUCAUCGUUAUCAAGGCAUUCACCAGCUGAUACUUCGUUCGCUAUAGAUACAAAUUAUCUUUAUCAAUCAUCUGUUAAUACUACAAACGCUAUGGCAAAUCCAUCUGACGUACAAAAAGCUUCUCCUAUUCAACAAAAUCAUUCUUCUCCAACAAUGAUGCCUUCUGGAUCGGCAUCAACUGUUACUUUAUCUCCUGAUAAUACUUCCAAUAUUCUUCCUCCUUUAUCUGAACUGCUGCUCAUUCUGGUUUCUUUCAAACUAUUCCACAAUAUUCUGAUUCAACAACCUCAAAUUGCUUCAAACAUUCCUAUAGCUGAUCCUCGUACAUUACCUCGUAUUGGUGCAAGUGCUUCUGAAAUGCAAGCUCUUUCUAAUGGUAUAGAUCCUACAGGUAGAAAUCGAAAUAAUGCAUCAAUGCUCGCUAUUAAUACAAAUGGCUUGACUGUUGGUGCUACUGAUACUAGUCCUAUGAGUGCUGGUUCAUCUACAGGUUCACCGAUAGUACCAAAUUCUCUUGGUUAUCAUCAUAGUGCGGCAAAUGCUGCUCAUCAUCAAGCUUUACUUAAUAGUCAUUUUAUGGCUGCUGCGCAAUCUAUGAAUAAUGGAAGUUUGAUAGCGCCUACAACACAACGUUCGCCAAAUAAUCGAAGAAAUGGUAGAUCAGAUGAUGGUAGUGAUACAAUUUCUCAAGCUACUAAUGGUGAACGACCACAAAAAGUAUAUUCGUUUGUUGCCUUACCAGGCAUUAAUACUAAGAAAAGACCUCGUCGACGAUAUGAUGAAAUUGAACGACAUUACGCUUGUAGUUAUUCUGGAUGUACAAAAAGUUAUGGUACUCUCAAUCAUUUGAACGCACAUGUACAAAUGCAAAAACAUGGACCAAAACGACAUCCUUCUGAAUUCAAAGAACUUCGGAAACAAUGGCGACGCCAAAAACGUGAGGAAGAAGAACGUAAAGCUGCUGAAUCUGCUAAUACUGCCAAUGCUAAGAACGUUAUGGGAUUAAAUAUAAAUUCCCUUUCCUCGAUAUGA